CGGCGGAGCGAGCGUUCUCCAGCCUGGCAGGGGCGCCCGUCCGCCCGCCGGCCCCUCCUUCGCCGCCCGCCGCUCCCUCCCGCUCCCGGCGCGCGGCUUCCCCGGGGCGCCCCGUCGGGGCCAGGCGCGCUGGGCUGCGCUGCUCGGCGCCCGGGUCGGCCUGGCCUUGGCGGCGCGGGAUGCCAAGAUGCCCUCGCGGGGGCUGGCCGUGCUGUGGCUGCUGGCGCUGGGCUGGCCGGGCGCCGCCUGGGCCGUGGCAGGCGCCUCGGCCGCGGCGGGCCCCUCGGAGCGGACGGCGCUGGCGCGGGAGCGCUUCAAGGUGGUCUUCGCCCCCCUCAUCUGCAAGCGGACGUGCCUGAAGGGCCAGUGCCGCGACAGCUGCAAGCCGGGCUCCAACAUGACCCUCAUCGGCGAGAACGGCCACUCCAUGGACACCCUCACCGGCUCCGGCUUCCGCGUGGUGGUUUGCCCUCUGCCUUGCAUGAAUGGCGGCCAGUGCACAUCUGGGAAUCACUGCCUCUGCCCACCAGAAUUCACAGGUCGCUUCUGCCAGGUGCCAGCAGGUCGGCAAGGCCAAGGGCAGCAGGCUCGGGUCUCCAGUGAGGGCCUCCCCAUGGAGACGGGUUCCAGCAAACAUGCCAUCUAUGCAGUCCAGCUCAUCUCUGACAGCCACGGUGACUCACCCUCUGGGCCUGGCUCGAAGGGCACCAUCAGCCACUCCACCUUCAUGGUGCCUUUGGGACCCAGCCAGCAUUCCUCAGAAGUUCAGGUACACCAGCCCCUGGUCAAUGUCCGUGUGCAUCACCCGCCAGAUGCCUCAGUGCAAGUCCACCGGAUCGACAGCCUCAGCUCAGAGAAUAGUGGGCCAGGGAGCCAGCAGCACUUGAUUCAGCACCCGGCCCCCAAGCCCGCCUAUACCCGGCCUCCCACUCAGAAGCCUUUGGGGCGCUGCUUUCAGGAGACGUUGCCCAAGCAGCUGUGUGGAAGCAACCCUCUUCCAGGCCUGACUAAGCAGGAAGACUGCUGUGGAAGCAUUGGCACCUCCUGGGGGCAGAACAAGUGCCACAAAUGCCCCCACUUGCAGUACUUAGGGGUGCAAAAGACAGGCCCAAUCCGUGGGGAGAUGGGGAGCGACUGCCCACAGGGGUACAAGCGACUGAACAGCAGCCACUGCCAAGACAUCAAUGAGUGUGCCAUGCAAGGGGUGUGCCAGGGUGGCGAGUGCUUGAACACCCAAGGGAGCUUCCGCUGCGCAUGCAAGCCAGGACAGGUGUUGGGGCCUUCGCGUACCCAUUGUGUGCCGGAGAAAGCCGGGGAGAAGAGUUCGUGUUACCGUCUGGUGAGCUCUGAUCACCAGUGCCAGCACCCGCUGUCCACCAAACUCACCCGCAUGACCUGCUGCUGCAGCGUGGGCAAGGCCUGGGGGGCCCGCUGUGAGCGCUGCCCAGCUGAUGGGACUGCUGCUUUCAGAGAGAUCUGCCCUGCGGGAAAAGGCUACCACAUCCUGACUUCACACCAAACUCUGACCAUCCAAGGAGAGAGCGAAUUCACACUCCAGAUUCACCCGGAGGGCACCACUGACUUGCAGCAGCAGCCCCGCAUAGAGCUUCCCACCUAUCCGCCUGUCGGGAGUGACUCGCAGGAGCCAGUCGUAACUUUAGCUGUGUUACCAGCCUAUGGGACGACCUCCGAGGAGCAGCGAGUGGAUCAUAUCCCGGUCAACUUUCCUACCUUCGCUCCCCGUUACCCUGAGGUGAUCGCUAAGCCUACGAUGGCAGUGCUGGUGAAGUAUGAGGAGGAAGAGAAGAACAGGAGCACGAUGGACAUCGCUCCCACGCAGGUGACAGAGAUGGACAUCUGCAAACUGAACCGCAACAUCUGUGGCCACGGUGAAUGCAUCCCUGGAACCCCUUUCCAUACAUGCGAUUGCUACCCUGGGUACCGCUUGCAUCCUCAGCUCAGACACUGCGUAGAUGUGAAUGAGUGCGAGACAGAGCCCUGUGGCAGUGGGAAGGGGGUGUGCAUGAACACUGGGGGUUCCUACAACUGCCACUGCAACCGGGGAUACCAGCUGAAGAUUCACAAGGGGGUGCGGUCCUGCAUGGAUAUCGAUGAAUGUGCCAAGCCCAAUAUCUGCGGGGACCGAGGCUCCUGCAUCAAUUUCCCAGGACACUACAAGUGCGAUUGCCACCCAGGCUACCGGCUGAAGUCCUCCCGCCAGCUUCUCUGUGAAGACAUCGAUGAGUGCCUUGACCCCGGGACAUGCCCUGACGGGAGAUGUGAAAACAGGCCCGGCAGUUACAAAUGCACCCCCUGCCAGCCAGGCUUCCGUGGCCAAAAUGGGGUGUGUCAUGAUGUGGAUGAGUGCUCCGAGGAGGCCGUCUGCAAGCACGGGUGGUGUGAGAACGUGGCUGGUUCCUUCCGCUGCACCUGCGGGGAUGGUUUUGUUCCUGCGCCAGAUUCCCGCAGUUGUCUUGAUAUCAACGAGUGUGAAAACGGGUCUCUGUGUGCCAACGGGGUCUGUGUGAACACACUGGGAUCUUUCAAAUGCCAGUGCCCAGUGGGUUUCCAGGCUGUGAAGGAAGGGCCUCGUUGUGAAGAUGUGAAUGAGUGUGACUUCCCAGCUGCCUGCGUGGGGGGCGAGUGCCUGAACACCGUGGGCUCCUACCAGUGCCUGUGCCGACCAGGCUACCAGUUGGAAAGUGGCAGGAAGUGCCAAGAUGUCGAUGAGUGUGCCAAAGACCCUGACCUCUGCCAGCCACAUGGAGCCUGUGAGAACACUGAUGGCUCCUUCGUAUGUGUGUGCGAUGAGGGAUAUGCAUCCUCAGAAGACCAGCAGAGUUGCGAGGAGCUGCCCCACAACAAAAAGGAGUGCUACCUGAACUUCGAUGACACUGUCUUCUGCGACAGCGUCCUCGCCACUAACAUCACCCGCCAAGAAUGCUGUUGUUCUCUUGGGGCCGGCUGGGGGGACCACUGUGAAAUUUACCCUUGCCCUGUUCUCAAUUCUGUGGAAUUCCAUACUCUCUGCCCAGAUGGCAAAGGCUUCAUUCUGGAUGAUACCACCCUUAACUAUGGCAUCCCAGCACACCGUGACAUAGAUGAGUGUGCCCUCUUUGGGCAGGAAAUCUGCAAGGAAGGGAAGUGUGUCAACACGCAGCCCGGUUAUGAAUGCUACUGCAAGCAAGGCUUCUACUAUGACGGCAACCUCUUGGAGUGUGUUGAUGUGGAUGAAUGUUUGGACGAGUCGAAUUGCAUGAAUGGGCGCUGUGAGAAUACUCGAGGGGGUUUCCGCUGUGCCUGUCCACUCUCUACCAUCUAUGAUCCUGCCCAGAAGAAAUGCAUUAGUGCCAGUGAAAUUGAUGUGGAUGAAUGCCAGGAUCCUGGGGUGUGCAAACUGGGGCGCUGUACCAACACUGUGGGGUCUUUUUCCUGUGACUGCCACCUGCCCUGGACUUUGGACCCCAGUGGCAAGGAAUGCCAGCUCCCUGAAACACAGGCAGACAAGGUGACUGACCGUCGUGAUGUCUGCUGGCAGCUCCGUGGUGAAGAUGGGAUGUGUUCAUCUCCAUUCAACGGUCACCAGCUCAGCUAUGAGGAAUGCUGCUGCCAGUAUGGGAAAGGAUGGGGCUACCAGUGCCACCCUUGUCCCCCACGAGGCCCAGGCCUGAACUGCCAAUCCACUCCAAGUGAGAGCAACUCAUUCUGGGACUUCAGUGCUUUGUUCAGUAAGGUGCAUAAAGAUGCCGACAGCUCAGAGGAGGAUUCGGAUGAAUGCCGCUGCGUUAAUGGCCGCUGUGUCCGCACCCAGCAAGGCUUGGUCUGUGAGUGUCCCUUGGGCUUCCAGCUGGACACCACCCACACCCGUUGCCUGGAUAUUGAUGAGUGCCGGGAACUGAACCAGCGGGGGCUUUUGUGCAAGACAGAACGCUGCGUGAACACCAGCGGCUCCUAUCGCUGCACCUGCAAAUCUGGUUACGUGCGUUCCCGAUCUCAUGGGAUCUGCAUCCCCCAGCGGCAGCAGUAGCCUGGGGCGCUUGCCUCAGACAACCUCCUUGCACUGGGCUGGCCACGGUGGGCUUCCUCGGACUGAUCACAGCUAGAGACAGAAGACUGGACCAGCAAGGCAAUUCUGAGGAUCUUAAGGACUAUUUUUUUUUCUACCGGCUACAAUGAAGGGGCAUUUGAUGACGUUGUUAUAGACUCCCCACCUACCCCCAUUUCAACUCCCUAACCUGCUGAAUAUUUAUCAUUAGGGUUAAAAUUGCAUUUGGUUUGCACUUGUUUCUGUAGGAUCCAGAAAUAAAGCUCCUUUUUGUACAUAAUAGAUAUUGGUGAGGGGGGAAAAACCCCACCCAGAUUUAAUCAGUUAAUUACUAGAGGGGGGAAGAACAUCCUAAUAAAAUGUUCUGAAUCUCAUUGUGUUGACAAUGAGGAGAGAAGACGGUGGGCGGUGGCUACAAUCUGCAAAAGAAUUAAUGGAGGAUUCCCUUGGGGGAAUCGGGCACUCCUGUGAUGGGCAUUUAAAUUUAAAAUGAUGUUUAUAUGCUGCUAAUUGGGGUAAUCCCAGGUUCUUGAAGGAAAAGUGAGAUACAGAGGUAAAUUUUGAUAAUAUUGCUCUCCUCUUUCUAGAAGAGGGGUUUUUUUUCCUCCACUGUUGGGGGAUAAGCAUCCCAAAGUCUGAGGAAAACCCACAAUGGCCACCUAAAGUUGUUUUCACAGCAGUUGGCUCCUCCCUCUCUCUGAAACAGAGUGAAAAGCUAUAGAACACGAUGGGUGGAGUCAUAGGAACAUGCUCAGACUUCUGCCUAUCCAUACCGGUAGGUUCACUGUGAAUGUGGAAACUUUGAGCCCAGUGAAUGAUCUGAGCACAUCUGAUGCUGUAGCAUUAGUAAAGCUAAACAUCUAAUCAGCAGCCUGGAUGGGAAACCACUGGGAAAGCACCAUUUCAUAGGAGAGGGGUAUACUCAUAGUAAACAUUUUCUAGCAAUAAGUAGGGAAAUAAACCUCUUGGUUAGACUACACUUCAGGUGCUUCCAUAUGGAGAUUUUGCUCUGGUUUGCUUUGGAUGUUUUUUGAGCAUCCAAAUGAUAUCAUCCCCUAAUUGUUCACUAUCCAGGUUUUCCCCUCCUUUGUUCUGAUCUUUCCCAAACCCUAGGGGGACCCUGUGAGGGUGGAAAGGCAGGGUAAAAAAAAAUCUUGUAAAUAAAUAAACAUGGCUUGAUAGGAUCUUUUGGGAAAGAUCUCAGUCAGAGCAUAUUUGCAUGCCACAUGGACAGGAAGGUACACGUUUUUGCAAGUCCUGCCCCCAUCAGCGCCAUUUUCCUUGCUUCAUACACUUGCAGCUGCUAUUUCUGUGACUCACCCCCCACCCUCAGCCAUAUACAUCCUACUAGAGGACUUCAGGGGCUUUGUUAAAAAGUGGUAAUUAACACAUCGGGUUCAGCAAUAUGUCAAUUAUUGAUCACUUACCAUUUGUAAUUGACAUAUUACUAUGGUUUAAAAACUUUAAUUGAGGUCUCGCUGCAGAGUAAUGCUAUAAUAUGUCAUGUCAAUUAUAGGGUUUUUUUUAAAGCAUGCAGAAAUCUCACGGUGGCACAGGAGGGGAAAAUGGUGGCCAUGCGGGUUGAAAAGAAAGUGCAGGAAACUGUAGUGUAGAUGCUCCGUAGCCACUGCAAGUGCCUCAGUAUUCUCAGCGGCAGUGAAAACUCGAUGGAGAAUCACCACCACUGUGUGGAAGAAGCCUUAGGAUGUCAGUAUCAUAUGUCUGAGCUUCUCACUGAAGAUGGUAACUCCCAGUUUGGACUUGAGGUGCUUUCCACAAAAAUGGUACCAAAACUGAAGAGGUUGAUUUGCAAAUGUUUCUUUAUGUAGACAUUUUUAAUUAUGCAACAUAAUGGUAUUUGUAUAUAACAUUAUUUCGCCCAAAGCUUACUUGGUCCAAUUCUUAAUAUUAAUGACUAUCUUUGUACAUUAUAGCAAUUAUUUGUUACUGUUUUAUUUAUAACUUCCGUUGCUUGCCCUUUCUCAAGGUUUUUUUUUGGGAUGGGGGGGUUUAUUGCUUUGAUCCUCACACAGCCCCUAUGAGGAAGGUUAGCUUGAGAGACACUGACACCAAAGACUACGCAUUGAGCUUCAUGGCUGAGCCGCGAUUUAAACAAGGAAUGUGCAAUUGUUCUCCUUUUUAUUUCUUUUUGAAUGUGUUUAUAUUCUUCCAUUCCUUUUUGGCCAUCAGUUUUGUAGAGUCGGUUGUGUUAUGUACGUACAUUGUACAGUUUUUAUAAGCCGUUUAUACGUACAAUAGAUGCCAUUAAUACAUUUAAUAUACAAAUAAUUCUGAUUUACUAACACAAAAAAUAA